AGAAAAAAAUGAUAAUGUAUACGUACAUAAAUUUGCAGUUUUUUCGUGAUUGUUAUUUAAAAUGAAUUAAAAAUGUGAGGUCAUGCAAAUGUAAUUUCAACAGAAACCUUGCAGACAUGUCAAGAGAAUUAUUUCGCCCACAGUAUCGACAGAUCAGCAGAAAGAAUGGAUGGACCUGUCCACCUCAUCCUCUGCAAUGUGUGGCCUGGUUUUUCGUUCUUUACUUUUCGUUUGUGAAUUUCACAACUUUGGUUCCACAUUUACACUCAGAUUCUCAGCCAGCUGUUUAUGCACUCACGGGUAUUGCAUUGCUUUCCCAUAUUAUUACUCAUAUUGUGGCCAGCACCAUAAACCCAGCAGAUCCUGCAGUGCUGAAAGGCAGUCAAAAAAGAAAGCCAUUUGAUAGAAAGAAACAUCCUCAUGUUAUUGAUGAAAACAUGCAUUGCUAUAUCUGUGAAACAGAUGUUGCCUCCAACUCUAAGCAUUGUAGUGCCUGUAAUAAGUGUGUAGCCGAGUUUGACCAUCACUGUAAAUGGCUGAACAACUGUGUGGGAGGCAAGAACUACAGGUGGUUUCUUGCAGUGCUGGUGACUGGUAUGUUGGGUGUAUUAUUCGUCCUAAUUGUGGCCUUGCUGGAGUUUGUGUCUUACUAUAGUGAUAAAACUGAAGGGAAAAUUUUGCAACCAUAUAUAGAGUUUAGGAUCUGCUAUGCACCAGUUCCUGAUAAUGGCUUUCUAGCCAUAGUGGGUGUCACUUCUGUAUUCUUACUUCUGGCACUGGGACUACUUAUACACUUAUUUGCCUUCCAUUGUUAUUUAAUGUAUAACCACAUGACAACAUAUGAGUACAUAGUCCAUCAGCGAGAGAGAGAAGAAAAUGAUUACAAUACAGACGUCCCAAGUAGUCACAGGGAGAAGAAAAAGUCAAAAAUGAAAAAUAGGGUAGAGCCAAGCAAUGUGAGAAAUGGAAAAGACAAAAUGUCAUCAUCCUCUGAUAUGAAUGAAAACAGUGGUCUACAUUAUCAGAAAAUGUUAGAAGAGGCAGAGCGACAGAGAACAGAUGGGGAAACUCCUCCUCCCCUGACCUCCCCCAUACAUCACCUAGACAACAAUAAUAUGACUUUUGAUAAGUACAGCCGUGUUGAUGAUAGUGAUGGAAGCAAUACAGUGAAGAGAUUGAGGAGGAAGAAGAGAAAAAGCCUCCGAGGUCAUCCGAGGCAAAACACUGGCGGAGACACCCAGGAAACAGAUCAGAAAAUAUCCACUAUUGACAAUUCUUCGUUAUACUACACCAAAUCUUUAAAAACACAAAUGGAAGCUUCUUUAAAGAAGCAUUCACAGAAAUUGAUGCCUAGUGUUCAUGAAAAUAAAAGCUAUCAUUCUGACACAGACGAUUCCCAAAAUGAGGCUCCGCCAAAAACUGUUUUAAAGGGAGACUAUACUCAAGAUAUAAGCCCAGACUCAGGAAUCAAUUCACAGGAUUCUCUUCGCAGAAGUAAACGAUUAAGACGUAAAAAGCCCCGUAAACCCAAAAACAUGGAUGUAGAAGAAGAAGAAAAUGAGGACUUGAAUUCAACCACGAUUUUCACAGUAAAUGGAUCAGCCAAAUUUAAUAGAGAUGGUAGUCUGAAUUAUAAGGAUGGUUUUCGAGAACUUCCGUUAACACCUGUUCAACUGAGGAAGAGUGGGAAUCCCAGUGAAAGUAGACGUGUAGAAGUGCCAAAAUUAGACUUAGGAGCUUUGAGGGAAAGUCAUGAGAGUAAUUCGUAUCAGCCUGUUAGUUCACUAAGGUCAUCAGAUACGUACAGAGCGGUGCUAGGAAAAAUUCCUGAGAGAUCAUCAUAUGACACAGAGGUCUAGUCUAUUUUUUGAUUCUGUUGAAAUCUUGAGAAAGUGGGUUUUUUCCCCCUUAAUGUUUAACUGUAUCUCUAAAAAGAAAUUGAAAGUCACUGUAUGUGAUGCCUGAACAUAACUUUGGUUAAUUCAUUCCUCUAAUCCUGUAGUAAUUCUGUUUAAUGAGCAAAAAAUUUAGGACAAUCAACAUUUAAUUUUAUUGGAUUUGAAAGACAUGCACGUGUACUUUGUCAUAUGAUCAUAUUGUCUGUAAUUAUUUCUUCCUUUGUUGUAAUUCUCAAAAAUGGUAAAACACUUUUAUCAAAGUCGUGUUGAUAUUCAUCAUUUGAUACUUUCCUUGAAUGUUCUUGUAUUUAUUCUAUUGUACUGCCUGCUUUUACAAUCCAAAUAAUUGAUUUUAUUUACAACUGCUUUUUCAAUUACCUUGACUGUGAUAUAAUUUAAACUGUAUGGUUGUCAGUGUGUUAUACCAUAAUGUUACCAUUCCUUUAUAUUGGUUGAAGAAGGGCAUGUAGUAUUGUGAUACUGUAGACGUACAUUUUUCUGCAUGGUAUUAAUUAAUGCUAUGUAUGUGGUCAUAGAUUUUCCACGGAAAUUUGUCCCAGCAAACCUAUAAUACAUCUAAGACAUACAACAACAAUCCAAGAAAUCUGUGUAAGCUUCUACCCACGGAUUCAACAAAAAUUGCAAUUCCUUGGAAUUAUGACUAUGUAGAAAAAGUAUGUUUACAGUAUAUGAAGAAAAAAGUAAUCUUCUUUCAUCAACAGAGGGUUGAAACUGCCUUUACUCUGUUGGAACAAGAACGGAGUCAAUUCAAAUUGAGUACUUAUUUAUAUAAACAUGAUGUGUGAAAUUUUAAUUUUGAACAUGGCUGAGCAUAUUUUUUCCCUAAUUUUUAUGUUAUCAAAGCUAUUUUGUUUUAAAUCAAUUAUACACAUGCAUAUUUUAAUUGUAUACUUAUUGGCUUACAAAUGCAUUAUUGUUUCCGUCCAGUAUAUUGUUUUCAAUAUAUUUUAUUCCUUUUUUUAUUGCAUCUUAUAUUAUUUAUUGUUGGUGAAUCCAUUCCAUUUAGAUUAUGAAGGACCAAACUCACAAGAUGUUAGAACUCUUCAUUAUUCAUCUGAGCAAUUCAGUAGAGUAUAUUGCAGGAUUCAUUAUUUGUACUAUGGGAAAAAAUGAUUUCUUAUAAUUUUCAGACAUUAAUAUCUGCAAACUAAGUAUUUGUGCCUUCUUAAAGAAAAUCUAUACACAAACAUUUGUAGUACAUGUACAUGUACUUGGAUAAUUGUAUUGUUUAUAGGUUCCUGGUAAUAAUUACAUGUACAGAGUAACUAGUUCAAUCCAGAUUUUUUUCCUCAGUGUUUUGUUUCAUUGACAAUUUUGGACCCUAGAAACUAAACAAUUGAUACUAAGUAAAUGUGGUUUAGAUAAGUUUCACUGUGACACCUUUCAGCUGUUUUGUUGUUGAUUUUUUUUUACUAGCAGGUAAAGUUUUUAGAUCACUUUUAACUUUAACAUGAUUUUGGGUUCCUCAUUUUAAUUUUUUUGUACAGUAAGUUUACACAGAGCACUUUUUAGUGUAUUAUCAAUUGUUGAUUAAAUUAUUAUAAUUAAUUUAUACUGACAGGACUUUGUCUAAUCUGU